ACUGUCAAAAUAGCCUUAUUGACUAUCCUAUUACCGCGCCACGUAAAAUAUUUUUUAUGAAUGAAAUUUGAUGUGAUAACUGUUGAAAGUGCGUGUCUGACGUAAUGACGAAGAAAUCUGAUCCGGAUAGAUUCAAUGUCACGAAAGAUGCAUUGUUGCCGGGGUUAUUUUUCACGUUGCUGGUGCGGUGGUGUGUAGCCGCGUAUCCUUACUCUGGGUUCAAGAACCCGCCUAUAUAUGGUGAUUUCGAAGCUCAGAGGCACUGGCAAGAGAUAACAGUUCACACGCCGAUCGCCAAUUGGUAUCAUAAUACAACUCAAAAUGAUUUGCAAUAUUGGGGGCUGGAUUAUCCCCCGCUCACGGCGUACCAUAGCCUCCUCAUGGGGCUGGUCGCAGACUGGCUGGAUCCGGAGUCUGUGCGUCUGUUCGCGUCAAGAGGCUAUGACAGUGAAUCACAUAAGACCUUUAUGAGGUGGACCGUGUUUCUCAGUGAUAUUUACUUCUAUGUGACCGCUGUGCUCUGUAUAUGUAUUGAUGCCGAACGUGUGAAGCCUAAAGAUUCAAAAAAUGUGUUUAAAAGAAUGGACAUAUCAACUAUUUUAUUCCUUUUAUAUCCCGGCAUGAUCUUGAUCGACCAUGGUCAUUUUCAGUACAACUGUGUAUCAUUAGGUCUGUUUCUAUGGGCUACAUUUUUCAUUAUUGCCAUAGAGAAUGAUGUGUUGGCAACCAUAUUUUUUGUUCUUGCUCUAAACUACAAACAAAUGGAACUAUAUCAUUCAUUACCAUUCUUUAUAUAUUUAUUGAGAAAAUGUUUUAUCGGAGUGCCGCCGAGAGGGAAGUUUAUGUAUAUUAUUAAUAACUUCAAUAAGUUGGCCAUUACUGUUGUCUCUUGCUUUAUAUUAAUUUGGUAUCCAUUUAUGGGUUCUUGGAAAAAUACUCUUCAAGUGAUUCAUAGAGUGUUUCCGUUGAAGAGAGGAGUGUUUGAAGAUAAGGUCUCAAACUUUUGGUGUUUCAUAAAUGUUUUUAUUAAGCUCAAAACUGUGUACACAAAUGAGGAUAUGGCCCAAAUGUGUCUGGUAGCAACAUUAGCGGCCAUUACUCCAUCGUGCUUAGAUUUGUUCUUUAGGAUUAAUAAGAAAAAGUUUGUUUUAGCCCUUAUCAAUGUAUCACUAUCAUUUUUCCUGUUUUCGUUCCAUGUUCACGAGAAAACAAUACUUCUUGUGUCUGUGCCGGUCGCUUUGCACUUCCCCGAAGACCCUUUCAUGUGUUUCUGGUUCCUCCUAGUCUCAUCGUUCAGUAUGCUGCCGUUGCUCAUCAAAGACGGUUUGAUAAUUCCAUUUGCAGCUACUAAUAUUAUCUACAUAUGUUUUUAUAGCAUUUCAAUCAAAUUGUCACAACCCAACACGGGUUUAUUUUCAUUUUUCAAUGCAUAUCGUGUCUUCAACACUGUUAAGCCUUUAACAAAAAAAGAGAAUUCGGUCCUAAUGACUUUAUUGAGUUUGAACUUCUUCUUUUCGCUAUUGGGUAUGGUGGCUUUAACGAUUGCCGCUCUGGUGAUUCCACCUCCGCCGGCACUUCCUGACUUAUUUCCGUUGAUGAUAUCGGUAUACUCAUUCUCACACUUCUUACUAUUUCUUUUCUAUUUUAAUCAUCAACAGCUGUCUCUUCCAAUCAGUCUGCCAGCUAUCACCAAAGUUAAAACUAAGUAGGUUUCUGUUAUUAAUUGUUAGAAAAUGCUAAAAAAAAAAACAGAAAAAUUACAAAAUAUAUCAGAUUUUUUUAAAAAUAUAACAAGUUAUUCUUGUUACUAACUAAAUAGUUCAACUAGCGUUCA